UCACGUUUGGAAAACCUACAACUGACGUUGUCCGUCCAACCAAUAUUAACCAGGCAUCCUAUCAAGUAUCGGUGCGCCUAAAGGUCUACGAACAACUGGGAGGUUAUGGCUAUGGGCACAUCUGUGGUGGAGCUGUCAUAUCGGAAACGCUUGUAGUCACUGCCGCGCAGUGCACGCUAAACACCGCUGUAUUGCCGCUUGCAUACCGCAAUCCCGAUGACUUUACAUUGGUAAUGGGCUCAAGCUUUCUGCAGGAGAAAAACGCGUACGUCUUGCAGUAUGAUGUGGAGGCAGUGUUGCCAUUUCCCGCAUUCAAUUCGACGUCGCUUGAGAAUGAUAUAGCGCUAUUGCUCAUCAAGGGUUACAUACCCUGGGAAUGGCCUACUGUGCGACCGAUUUCUCUGCGAACCACUGCAGUCGAGCCCAACACAACGUGCCGCAUUGGCGGUUGGGGAAAGUUGUCGCGGCAACAAAGAGAUAUGUCCGAUGUUUUGCUGAGUGCUCCCAUACCCACUAUCAGCUAUGCGAAUUGUUCGAAAAAUUAUGGUUUUAUACCUGAAGGAAUGCUUUGCGCUGGCUAUGCGCAGGGUGGCGUAGAUGCUUGUGAAGGCAAUGCUGGUGGUCCGCUGGAAUGUUCGGGUCAGCUGGCGGGCAUUGUUUCGUGGGGCAUUGGUUGUGGAUAUGCCGGCUAUCCAGGUGUAUAUACAAACGUCUCCUACUACAGUCAAUGGAUUCAGAAUGUUAAUACGUCCAAGUAA